GUAAUGACUAUGAUUAGAAAAAUCCUAUCUAAUGGAAGUAAUGUGAAAACAGAGGAUGAAAGUAGAAUAAACUUAGUAGAAACCAUUGAAUCUGCAACUGAAAAUGAAGACGAUCUCUAUUUCGCUACUAUAAAGAAAUCUUCAAAAGCAAAGGCACAACAAUCAUAUCAUAGUAGUAUGAAGCCUCCAAGGUACCCUACUAUCACACCUAAUAAUCCAAAAAUGCAAAAGUUGUACUCCUCAGAAAUGAGUGAGAAUGGAGCCAAUAGGAUCUCUUACAACUCUCAGCCUUCUCAAGGGAGGGGUACUACUUCUUCAUUUCCUUCAAUUGCUAAGAAGAUAAAUCAAGGCCAUCUUGUGAAGCUUUCAGAACCUUUUACUAAAAAUAAAGGGUCUAUGCACAAGAGAUACCUGUCACACACUACGAAACUAAAAUAAUGAGCUUGGAAAGAAGCAACCUGGGAUAGUUAAUAUGGGCCACCGAAAACUCAGAAGCAUUAAUAUUGGAUUUAAUAGAAAGAUAUCUGAAAAGUAUAAAAUGUUUGAAGACUUUCAAAGGGAAAUGCAGGAACUUAAUAUCAAAAGCCAAGCCAAUAAGAUUGUUAGUGGUAAAGCAAAGCUAAAACCAUUGAUAAUAAAGAACGAGAAGAAGAAAAAGAAAGAUAAAAGGGACUUUUGGAUGAACUACAUUCCAGCUUUGGCAACUGAUAUCUAUGACUUGCCGUGGAGUCGGUCUAUUGAUCUACUAAAUCCCAAAUUUUCAUACAAUGACUUUUUGCUGGACUUGAAAACAGAGAACUGACAAGAAGGUAAAAAGUUUUAUGCUCGCCCCCAGCUAGUCAGUAGAAGCCUCCCUUCUCCCAAAAAGACAGGGGAGUUAUAUGAACUUGAAGCAAAGAAUAGGUAUUUAGAAUACCUACUUGUCAAUCAGAAUAAUAAAAACUUGCCAAGAAUGAAAGUGGACACUCGAGAUCAGUUGGUCAGGGACCAAUAUGUUGAAAAGUUACAGAACAAGAUCAAUAAAUACUCACAGGAGCUACAAAGAGUUUCACCUGUUAAAGAGCCAUCUGAAAAGGAUGCUAGCAGACACAAUACUGCUUUAAAAAAGGAGACUCUGCAGUCACGGAUGAGUGGAGCAAGUAAAAAGCAACUCUCUAAAUCAGGAAGUAAAUAAAAGUUUGAGCAGACAGAACUCUGCUGUGUCCAGGAGGAGUAAAAAUAAUGACUCAAGGGCAUCAGUACGAAGAAAAUCAAAACUCCAACUUCCCUUCAGCAUGCUCAAGGUUGUUAAGAAGUUGAAGAAUAUUAGUAAUGAAAUCAAACAGAAAAAGAAGGAGGAAGAGAAUGAAGAGCAUAAGUAUAGUGAAGAGUCAUUCGGUAUGACUGUGAAGAGCAAAGGAAAGAGAAACAAGGUUGACAAGAAGAUUGUUGAUAAAGCUUUAAAAGAUUAUUUUAAAAACAAGAUCCAUGAGUUCAACAACAAAAAGAAGAAAAAGACAAAGAGGGAUAUCAACAAAGGUCUUCUAGGUUUAGCCCUAAGCAAAGCUAAGAAUUUUAAGAAAAAGAAAGAGAAGAAGGUAAAAAACUCAAGACAUAAUCCAUCUGCUAGUGAAGAUUUUAUGAGUGCUGUAAGCCAGCUUACGUAGUUUUAAAUAGAACUUUGAAUAAACAGGCAGUAAUUAUUCAAUA